GCAAUUUCCGCAUGCGCUUCAUUCCAAAAAAAAACCAUCAGCCAUAUUGGUGUGUUGUAUCGCUGUCCUCAGUAAUUUCGAAGAUCGGUGAGGUAUUUUUCUUGUUCAUCACCCGAUUCCUUUUAUAACCAUUACCCAAUGAAUAAUCGGAAAUGCCAAUGUGAUAUUUAUCUGAAAUAAAUUGUCACUUGUGGAUUUUUAUGACAUUCAUGAGCAGAAAAAGUUUGGUUAAUGUUGCCACCUGGGCUCACGAAAAUCGGUCUGUUUAAGAACAUGUUGUAAAUAAACGCAAAUUAUUUUCAUUGAAGUGGAAUGUUUAUACAAUAUUAACAUCUUCUUCAACGACGUUCUGUUUUUGCGUAAGAUUAUUGUUGGUGUUAAUUGAUUUCGUAAAAAAUUAUAAUUUUCAAAGUACUUUGCCACCGUCUGUCGCGCUCUCCUACUUUCGACCACUUUUGCUUCAUUUUUUUUAUAUAUCGUAAUUGUUUCUAGAUCAUAACAUUUCAUUCAUUACAUUUAUGAUUAACGUUGAUUAACACACGUUCGUUGUUCGAUUUUUAUCGAGCAACAGGUAAAAAGUUAUCAAUAUGAUUUUUCAUGAAUGUAUUAAUAAAAUGUAUCUCGAACAUUUAUGAUUAUUGUCAUGGAACUAUAUUUGUCACAGAUGCUGUUUUUCAGUUACACAAUUAAAUCUUAUCAUGACGGAUUCCAUGAAAUUUGGUCCAGAAUGGUUGCGCAAUAUGUCUGGAGACAAUUGCAAUAAUAGUGGAGGUGGUGGAGGCAGUACAAGUCUAACUACUGCGCGUUACCAAUUAGCUGAACAUAGAUAUGGACGAGAAGAAAUGUUGAUCCUAUUUGACCGUAAUUGUAAACCUCCUGAACCAUUAACAAGUUUUUCGUCUUUGUAUGUUGAGAAAACUCAACUUCCUUUGGCUCUUAUACAAAUGACAGAAGAUGAAACGCGAAUGUGGAAUGGAGGAAUAACUAAUAUUGGUAGUCGAGGAAGAGGCGGAAGCGUAGAUCGCGGGGUUCGUGGAAGAAAUGGUAGAGGUAAUUUGUAUUCCUCGCAUUAUUCCCGAGGCGUUGGUUUUGAUGAGUCAGGAGAUGGACCACGAAUUGACAGUCAACCAUUUCAAGCAAGAAACCGCCCAUUUGAUAGGUCCCAAAGCGAACGUGGAUGGUCAGAACGAAAUGGGGCAACAGAUCCAGGUGAAUGGAAUGGUUCUACUAGUCCUAGAAAGGAAUUAAAUCGUGGGGCUAGUGGGAGUUCCCUUAUGGAAGGUAAUUGGCGACGUCAUCGUGGUGGAGCAGAAGAUGAUGAUGGUUGGCGUAAAUGGGGUAGAAGCAGUUGGCGCGAAGGUGGAAGCAUGGAUAGAGAUAGAUUAGAUAGAAAUGAAGACGGAGAGGAAACUCGAAAUAGUGGUGGGAGAUGGGAACAUCGUGGAACCCAUAGAACUACACACGAUUCGAGUCAUCAUCCACCUCCUCGUACUGCACGUAUUUGGGAAUCGAAUCACCACGAUAAUAAUCAUGACAACCUUCCUGAAUGGGCCACUGAAAACCCCAGCGAAAGUGGUGGAAGUUUUGAUGCUUCGGGUGCAUUUCAUGGUGGAAUGUAUUCAGAUGAUGAUGAGGAUGGAGUGAUUAGUGCAGGUGGUACUCAAGAAACAAGGACUCGACGUGUUUCCGAAGGAAGUGCUACUAAUACGACAAGAUCUGGUAGCAAACCCUUAGCAUAUAGCUCGACUCAAGCACAAACAGCGAAUCGUAAUGCUAAUAAUGAAACUAGUACGAUCAAUAAAGAAAGAUCAAAAUCCUUGCAUCCCCUUGAUAAUAAGGACGAAUCCGUCGAAAAAAAGAGAAGCAAUUCUCCAGUAAAACCAUCUAACGUAACAACUGUUAAUACACCUAUCAAAACUUCAUCGUCAACGUCAUCGGACACACCACAGAAUAAAAGUACUGUAGCAACCAGUACGGAACAAACCGAAGUAAAGAAAAUACCGCCAGCCAAUUCAGAAAAUAAUAAAUCUCCUGAUAAAACACAAAACAAAGGAGAUGAAGUGGAAACAAAAGUGGAUCCAAUUAUUACUAUAAAAAAGCAAGUAUCAUUACAAACAGAACCUCAGAAACCUACACAUAGUUUAGAAAUGGAUAAUACAAGAAAGAAAACGGAAGAUGAUUUUGAUAGAAUGAAGGAAGAGGCGGAUGCAUUAGUAGCUAAGUUGAUGGCAGAUGAAGAAAAUCAUAGGGAAAAAACUACCAGUGUACCACCUUCUAUUGGUAAUCAACCUUCCACAGUUUCAUCUACCAAUGGACAGGAGAAAUGGUUUUACCGUGAUCCGCAGGGUGAAGUUCAAGGCCCAUUCUUAGCGAGUGAAAUGGCAGAAUGGUGUAAAGCUGGUUACUUCACUGCUGGGUUAAUGGUAAGAAGAACCUGUGAUGAGCGAUACACUACUUUAGGAGAUUUAAUGAAAAUGUGUGGUAGAAUACCAUUUACACCUGGGCCUCCUAUCCCUCCAUUAAAGUUAACAGAUCAGGUAAUACCUCCUGUUCCUAAUACAGUACCAGCUGGUAUCCCUGUGUUACCAAAAACUGGUAUAGACGAUCCACUUCUUUUACUUCAGUAUCAGCAAAUGCGGUUGUUACAAAAUCAGCAGUUACUUCUUAGACAAAUGCGAACAUCGGCUAUAGCAAAACUUUCUCAAUCUGAGCAUUGGGCAACAUUAACUCCUAUGGAACAAAAUCAGUUGAUUUUCCAAUAUGUUUUACAAGACUCGGAAAUUUCAGAGGUGCCAAUCUCUACAAACCCGUUUGUGCCUCAUCUUCCGUCGCAGGCUUCAAAUCCUGUUAUGCAACUUUUCACUCAAAUGCAACAGGCUAAAGCACAACCAGAGACUCAUUUACCGACAACGCCACAUUCAACUACACCCGCACAUCCUCCUGCAAUGGAUCCUAUACAACAAUUGAUACAACAAAUGGGUGGUAUGCAAAAUAUUCCAGGAAUUCAACAAUCGAAUAUAAAUUCUACACCGGCCGCAACGCAAGAAGACAAUCCUAUAAAAUCUUUAUUACGCCAACUCAACGUUAAUACGAAUGGUCAUCCGCAAACUUCUCAUAUUGAUACUGUUUGGCCACAGCCUCCACCACAAAUAAAUCCACAGUUUAAUGCACAAAAUUGGUUGGCGCAGGUUGGACCAAUACCGGCUGUUCCUCCUGGCCAAUUGCCUACGUCAUUGUGGGAUCUACAUACUAAGGAAAUAAAGACUGAGCAGCAAAUAUUGGAAGAACAAAAUCUUAGAUUACAAGAAGAUAGGAAGAAAGAGGAACUAAGAAAACAAGAAGAAUUACAGAGACAAGCUGAGGAAGAGAAUGCAAAAAGAAAAAAGGAAGAACAAGUAAAACAGGCAGAGGAAGCAAAGCGAAAAGAUGAGGAAAGGAAAAAGAAAGAAGAAGAGAAGAAGCGGAAGGAUGAAGAGAAGCGUAAGCAGGAAGAAGAACGGAAAAAGAAGGAGGAAAAGAAACGUAAGGAAGAAGAGAAGAAGAGAGAGGAAAAGAGAAAGCAGGAAGAAGAAAUCAUAAGGAAAAAACAGGAAGAGGAAAAAAGAAGGAAGGAAGAGCUUAAAAAACAGGAAGAAAAGCAGAAAAGAGAAGAAGAGAGAAGAAAAAAAUUAGAAGAAGAACAAAGAAAGCAAGAGGAAGAAAGAAUGCGAAAAGAAGCAGAAGCGCGUAAACAAGCUGAAGCCGAAGAACAAGCUCGACGAGCGGAACAAAGACGACGAGAAGCAGAAGCUCUUCGUAAACUACAAGAAAGAAGUAAAGCACCAUGGGCGCAAGCACCUCGCGCACCAGCUGCUACUACUGCUCCUGCUGCCUCUCUUGCUGAAAUUCAGAGACUCGAACGAGAAAAGAAAGCAGAAGAACAAAGAUUCCAACAAAUGAUGCAGCAACAAUUGGCUCAGCAAAAAGCCACAGAAGCAGCUCAGGAAGCAUUGGCAACUGAUUCGUCUAAACGAUUGCAAUUUAAGUGGGCUGAAAAGGCUACAGCUUCCACAAAACCUUUGCAAGUAAAGAGUCUCGCACAAAUCCAACAAGAAGAGCAGGAACGCAUCGCCAAGGUAAAGAUGAAAUCAUGGAGUGGUAGUAUAGAAAUUGGGGUAACAGAGUGUGAUCCAGAAAUAAUAGAAUUGCCAGCUCGUGCUACUAAUUUAUGUCAGGGAACAUGGAUUAUGACCAAUUCUGGUAUAGUACACGAUGGAGCAAGGACAGUAGAAACAUAUGGAAUGAACCUAAAUGCACUGGAAGAAGGAAGCACUUUAGGAGUAAUGAGGACAUCUAAUCAUGAGUUGAUAUUUUAUAUCAAUGGUAUUUCUCAAGAUGUAGCUGUAUCAAAUAUACCAGAACGCAUUUUUGCAGUUGUAGACAUGUAUGGUGAUUGCGUUCAAGUGACUAUAACUUAUCCACAAAUUGCUGCUGCUUUAUGUAGUGAGCCAAAAGAUGAAGUUGAAAUUAAUAAUGAUUAUGCUCUUGGAGAAGCAUCUAAUUCUUCAACAACUAAUCUAGUCGCUAAUUUAAAUGUUAAUUUAAAUGUUAAUGUUAAUGUUAAUUUACCUAAAAAUACAAACCCUGCUGCUAUUAGAGAGGAUAGACUGAGAUUUCAUGAGAGAGUUGGCUCUCUAGUGAAGUUGUCAAAUAAUGCCAGAACUGCGGAAAGGAGAAGACCCUUAGAUGAAUUUAAUAAUGGUGUAGUGAUGACUCAUAGACCAUUAAGGGAUAACGAAUUGUUUGAGGUUCGAAUAGACAGACUUUUGCAUAAGUGGUCAGGCAGUAUAGAAGUUGGAGUUACUAUGCAUAGCCCAACAGCAUUAGAAUUUCCAGCAACCAUGACUAACAUGCGAUCAGGCACAACAAUGAUGUCUGGAUGUGGAAUUUUGGUAAAUGGGAAGGGCACAUGUCGUGAAUACGGAGAAUUCAAUCUAGAUGAAUUAAGAGAAGGUGAUAGGGUAGGUAUGAUAAGGCGAAGCAAUGGAAAUCUUCAUUAUUUAAUAAAUGGAUUGGACCAAGGUGUUGCUGCUAAAGUACCUGCAGGUGUAUGGGGUGUUAUAGAUUUGUAUGGUAUGACAGUAAAAGUGACGAUUGUUGAUCGAGAUGAAAGGGAAGAACAAAAUUUGGUUACUAGGAGAAACACAUUGCAAUUACAAGGGUUAAAUGAAACAGAAGAAGAACCACCUGACAGGCUCAUGUUCCAUUCCUGCUGUGGUACACAUGUUGAAGUGAUUAACAAUGGUCGUACUGCGCAUAGGCCUAACGUGAUGGAUGAUUUCAACAAUGGUGUUGUGUUGACUUCAAGGCCGUUGAAGCCGAAUGAAUUGUUUGAAGUAAGAUUAGACAAAAUUGUAACAAAAUGGGCGGGAUCUAUCGAGAUAGGUGUUACCACUCAUUCCCCAACUGAAUUGGAGUUUCCUUUUACCAUGACGAACGUUAGAUCCGGCACAUGGAUGAUGACAGAAAAUGGAGUGAUGCAUAAUGGCACUACUAUAAUAGAUCAAUAUGGUCAAAACCUUGAUCGAUUACAAGUCGGGGAUCGUGUAGGAGUAAUGAGAAAAGAUAAUGCAACAUUACACUUUUAUGUGAAUGGUGCUGAUCAAGGAGCUGCAGCAAUGAACGUACCCGAAAGAGUUUAUGGCGUUAUAGAUCUUUACGGACAAGCUGCGCAAGCAACUAUAGUUGAUAAUACCGAUUUCUAUAGCCCUACUACAAACAAUUCAAGUUUUAGCAAUACAACUCUGUAUAGUGACCUGAGGUUUCAUCAUAUACACGGCAAAAAUGCAAAAAUAAUAAACAAUGGUUUGACCGCACUGAGGCCUAGAGCUUUGGGGGAAUUCAAUGAGGCUAUUGUAAUUGCGAAUCGUCCAUUACGAGAUGGUGAAAUGUUCGAAGUAACCAUUGAUAAAAUGGUUGUUAGAUGGACUGGAGCGAUCGAAGCUGGCGUGACUCUUAUAAGGCCCGAUGAAUUAGAAUUCCCUUCGACAAUGACGGACAUUGAUCACGACACUUGGAUGUUAUCUGGAUCUAACGUUAUGAGAGAUGGUGUUACUUUAACAAAUAAUUAUGCCUGUGAUUUAGACAAACUAGUAGAAGGUAAUCGCAUUGGUAUGAUGCGAUGUUCGGACAGCAGCUUACAUUAUUAUCUAGAUGGAGUAGAUCAAGGACCUGCUUGUACUGGUCUACCACCACACGUUUAUCCUGUCAUCGAUUUAUAUGGUCAAUGUGUUCAGGUCACAAUUGUAUUACCAGAACGUAGGGAUCCAAUGACACAACAGUAUUUACCAUCAGAAAAUAGCACUAGUCAACAGCCUACAUCUGUAAUUCAGCUUCAAGCUCAAACAGAAAUAAUGCAUAAGUUUCAUGAGUCUGUCGGUUUAAAUAUUCAAUUAAAUAGUGAUAGAACGGUAGCAACUAGGUGUAGAGAGUACAGUAAUGCCGUGUUGUUGAGCGAAACACCAUUAGAAAAUAAUGAAAGUUUCGAAAUUACUAUACAAGAAGUUGCUCGAGAGUGGAGCGGUUGUUUAAAGAUAGGUGUUAUAAGUAAUGAAAGCGGAAAUUGGUUAACGUCUAUGAAUCUUGUACCUGGUAUUGGAUCCAUUCCACAAGACGCUUGGUACUUAACAGGUAACGAAGUAAGACACAAUGGGUAUGUUUUAUGUAUGAAUUAUUGCCCCAGCUUAGAAUGGUUACGAGUGGGUGAUAAGAUUGGAAUGAAACGUACACAUGAAGGCAACUUAAAGUUUUACAUAAACGGAGAAGAUAUGGGUAUAGCUGCUUCAAAUAUACCAGAAAUGGUAUACGGUGUGAUUGAGCUUUUCGGUAGUACAGUGGCUGUAAAUAUAACAAGUAGCAAACAACAGAAUACUGCUGUAUCUCCGAAUGCUAGUUUGAGAUUGCAAGACUCUUUGGAAUUGUUAUUAGAUCCUAUGCCACCUGUUUUGCGAAAUGAUGCUGGAAUGGAUACAUCAGCAGAUGUAUCCGAAGGAAAAUUGGUGAAUGAUGUAACCCUUACACCGACGCAGUCUACUCCUCAUUUAGUAGGGGAAAGUGAUUGGAGUUAUGAGUUUCACGAAAAUCAUGGUAGAAAUAUACAGUUAGAAACAAAAACUAUUGCACGAAGAGUUGCGAGUUAUAAUCAAGGGGUGGUAAUGUCUAGUCGUCCGUUAAUAAAAGGCAAGCCAUUUUUAGUGAAAAUAGAAAAACUAAACGAACGAUGGGUUUCUAAUAUACUUUGCGGGGUAACUUGCAUUUCACCGGAAAAGGCUAACUUUCCUUUGACGGCUCUUGGUUUUAAAAAACACUCUUGGAUUAUAUGUAGCGAUUGGAUAUCACAUAAUGGCAUUAGAGUCAAAACAAAAUAUGGAGCUGCAUUGGAAAAUCUUCAAUCUAAUUCCGUAGUAGGUUUGUUCAUUGAUGAAGAUAAUAGGUUGCGCUUAAUUAUCAACAGUGUUGAUCAAGGAGUAGCUGCAACAGACUUGCCUCCUUAUGUUUAUGCUGUGUUUGAUCUGUAUGGACAGUGUGAACAAAUUUCAAUUAUUGGAAAUAACGCAGAGGCAUUUUCGUCCAGUUCUAUCGAUAAUACCGUAACGUCUGUGGAAUGUAUAAGAACGAAAUUAGAGGAUACAGAAAAUUCAAGAGAGAAAGCUGAUUUAGAAUGUCAUGAAAAGGAAAAUAUUGUUGUAGCAACUUCUUCAGAUUUAUCUUCUUCUACCUCACCAAGUGUACCGAGCCAAUGCGGUUCAAACGUUAAGAAUGAUGAUAUUGUGGAGUAUCCAGCUUGCAACAACGACAACGCGCACUUAAUGAAUAAUAUUGAAAACAAAACAAUGCCAAAUAACUCUGAUAGUAAUAAUUUGGAAUCGAGUUCGAGCGUAAGCCAUGACACAACGCGAAGCAUCAAAAACAAGAAUUACGACAUUUCUAACCAAUUAAACAAUAGCACGAUAUCAAAUAGUCAAUCAGAAAAUUCGAACAAUAGAAACGAGUGUACAAAUGUAGAAAUAAAUAACGCAACUAAUAUUAAUAUUAAAAAUGGCACUGCGAAUAGCACCAACAAUAUAACUAAUUCGAAUACUAAUGCUAAUAAUGUGAUAAACGAAAGCAUAGCGUCCAAUAGUCAAGGGAAUAAUUUAAACGCUACACAUCAAAACAAUACAUCUAUUAAUAUGUUAAGCUCGUCUCAAAAUACGCUGAGUAAUACGACGUCUGAUAUAUCAAACACUGUUUCUUCUAAUUUCAAUGAAAUGCGUUCAAAUAUGCCCCGGAGUAAUACUGUAUCUGUGAAUAAUUCUAUUGGAGGGAACACAACAAUUUCAGGACAGAAUACAGCCUCUAUUCACAAUGCACCUUCGUUACAAUUGCUGCAAAUUACGUCGUUACCGUCCACUCCUCUCGUAACGAAUACUGUACCUUCAAAAAAGUGCGAAUAUCUGAAGGCAUGCAUGAGGUUAAAAAAGUCACUAGUUUUACCGGACGAAUUCUUUUCUCUAGAGGACGUACUCUGUUAUUGUAGUGCUUGCUAUAAAGUAGAAGGGGAUAGUGCAAUCUGCAAGAAAGGUGAACCACCGGCAGAGUUUGCUGUGCCAAUAGGUUGGACUAGAUUUCCAUUAAAGCAAAACAUUAAUGCCAAUCAAAUUCCACAAAGUACAACGGAUAAGUGGCACGUUGCUUUCUAUGGUAUACGUCUUGAUGCAAUCAGGCUAAUUUUGGAUACAGGAGAACUUAUGACAAAGGAACAAUUAGAUGUGAGUAAUUUGACUAUGAAUAUAAAGGCAGAGGAUCAGAAUCCCCAAGUGACUUUUUCUCCCAGUAUAAAGUAUGCAGCAUCGGAAGAAUUUACUAGGAAAUAUCCAUAUAUCGACACCCAAUCAAAUAAAAAAUUAAAUGCAUCUACCGCGUUUCAACUGUUAGUAAGGCCUGGCUCAUAUACUAUUAGUUCUGGUGGUAAAGACGGUAACGAUCCGCAAUUUGAAUCCAGCAAAUGGUCUACCAAAGAAGCAGGGGCCACUGUGAUAGUGGCUCUCUUAAUUCACCUCGAUGGAUUUUAAUUUGUUCGACACGAAAGUGUGAGGACGUUCUCCUUUGCGGCUCACUAUGAGAGACACAUCUUCAUUUAAGGAUAAACGAAUGUACAUAAGCAUUAUAUAGCGUAAUAUAAUUACCGUAAGAUAUUUUUUAAAAUGAAUUUUUUUAUCUUGAAUUAUUCCGUCGAAUGUCCACUGUGUAUAUUUAUGUUGAAUUCUGUAUUAGGUAUUUCAGUAUAAAUGAUAGCGAUUAUCUUGUAAAAGUCUGUUGAAGUUCUCGUUCUUUUGGACUUAAUUUAGCAUGCAGUGUUAAAACAAGAUACGUGAUAGGUAUAAUUCAUUGACUAUGGAUCGAACCAAUUUGUAAUAAUCAGUUCAUUAAAGUAUACAGUAGCGUGUAUAUCGAAUACAUAAUAUAUAUGUAUUAUGUUAUACAUUUAAUGUAGCUACUGGCCUAGGUUUACAGUGACGAGGAUUGUGUUGAACAAAUAUGCACCGAAGAUUCGUUGAUACAUUAACGAUGCACUUUAAUCCUCGAGCUUUACUCUUAACAAAUACCAAAUCUUUAAGUAUUAGUAACGCAGAUAAAAAUCUCUUUUUUUUGAAGCACCACUCAGCAAUAUCGAUAAAGAGACAUGUUAUCUGUAUAAUGUAGAAAUAAAAUGAUACUACUGUAAAUCGCAAUACAAUGCUAUCGUAUAGAACUCAAGACACAAAUACCCACAAAAUUAAAUACAUUCGGGAAGUGUAAUAACCAUAUUUUGGCAUACGCUAUUUAAGGUUUUAAAUUUUCUUUGUGAAUAUCAUGUGCACCAUUUAUAAAUGCAAAGAUCUCGCAAAUAAUAUAACUGGAAUGAAAAUGA